AUGGAUACCGUACCGCCAGUUCCUAAGCCUAGAGGAAGUCCUUCGCAGCAGAAACAUUCAGAGUGUAAAAUGCCAAGAACUAGUUCCAAAAAGCCAGUUCCACUACCACGUCUAAAGAUAUUUAAUGAACCGAAUUGCAGACCUAGAGAGAUGAACAGUGAAGAUUCAGUUGUAAGCGAAAGACAGACACUCAGCAUUACGGGUCACGUCAGUGAAAACAGUGAUAGAACACAGUGCAAUAAAAGGAUGCCUUCACAGUAUGCAAAACAAGAGUGGGAAAUUGAGUGUGAUGAUCAUUCUAAAGGAAAAACUGUAAUAGGAAGGACGAAAAAUGUUAGUGCUUCUAUUGAGAAGUCUGUUCGUAAUAUGAUUUCUAGACGUUUGACAGUCCGUGCAGCAGCCCCAAAUAAAGUAAAUGACAAUUCAGUUAUUAAAAGUGGCCGAAGUCAGUCGCUUCCAUCAGGAGACAUAUUUCAGUCCAUUUCUUUCCACUCACCACUUUCUGUGGAGAAUGCUCAAGAGUUGGUACUGAGCGAGGGUACAAUGGAAGAAUGUGUUCCAACUUCUGGGGCACCACCACCGGUGUAUCCUCCUCCACCUUUACCUGACGAAUCAGUGUAUGAUGAAGUGCAUUCUGUAGUCUCAAGUCAUUCUAGUAGUUAUGAACCAUAUUGUGAUUCAAACAUUGCAAACUGUGAGACGCUUUAUGAAGACAUAUCAUCAAUAAAGGAAAACAGUGGGCAUUUGUUUCCUGAUCCAUCACAAAAGGAAACCAAAGAAAAUGUUUUGGAAAUCAGUGGUUCACCUUUUGAAAGUCAGCACAAAUUUUUUAUGAGAUCAGAUUCAUGGAGUUUCUGUGAUACUGAUGCAGAGAAGGACAUUUUCCAGAAUGUGGCCCUUUCUGACAUCUCAAGUUUCAAUGAUUCUGAUUCGUUGCUAUAUAAUAGACACUGUAGCAGCAAAGUGAGUGGGAGUGAGAGUACUUCUUCAUCACUUCCAGGGGAUCUGAACUGUGACAACAGUGAUGAAAUAUCUGAAGGUGAUCCAUUUGCUAACUCUGAUAUGCAGUUAGGUCGUCAGCGGUCAGUAAAUAUUCAUAAUGAUCUCUAUGAAAAUUGGGAGACUAGUACACCUGUAAAAAGGGUAGAGGAAAACCGUAAAGUUUUGACUAAAUCCGUUAUACUAGAAUUUGAUCCUCUGUAUGAAAAUGCUUAUGGUUCUGGAGAAACAAAUGACAAUUACACAGAUUUCUUGUUACUACCUGAUGUGUGUGAAUUGGAUUCCUCAUAUGGUAGAAUUAAGAGAGUGGUUAAUUUUAAAGUGCAAGAACAUAAGACAGAAGAGAAUGUAGAUUUUGUGUGUCCCCCAGUUCCACCAAGGAGAUAUGAUUCAAUAACAGUAAUACCCACUGAAGGAAGUUCUGUAAUUGUUGAACAUGGAAAUGAAAAUGCCCCCGAAGUUGUUCCAUUGUCUGAUAGUGAUGUAAAUUCUCAAAAAUCAUCUGCGGAGACGGCAGAAUCAGGAUUUACGGGUGACAGUAAUGAUGUCAAUGCCAGUGUUGGCAAUAAUGAUGUCAGUGUUGGUGUGCUAGGAAGGAACCGUAAGGCAGCAUUAGUUCGUUGGGCAAGCAUGAAGCGAGCUAUUCAGCAGAUAGCAGAGGGAUCAUCUUUUAGGAAAAUCACAAAAGAACAAGUUGGAGCAGAAGCUAAACCUGAUACUCCGAAUACUGCCUUGUACGGAGGACAGGGCGAAGCAUCUGCACUUGUCAAACGCCCAAAUUUGGCGUCUCAUGCGGCCAUCCAUCACAGUGGCUUGCUGUAUCGUUCAGCUUCUGGCAGCAAGGAUUUUGUGGCACGUAAUUGUGUUUUGGCAGGAGGAAAGUUUUCUUAUUUUUCAGACAAGACUGGCACAAGCAUAAGUGAGGUCAUUCCAUUAGACAGACUUCUCAGCAUUCAUUUUGUACCAGAGCAUAAGGCUGGUCUAGAAGGUGAAGACUUGCACUUCUUCAAGCUGAACGUGGCGUGGAAGGGUAGUUAUUUAUUUGGGGUCUCUGGAUCAACGGAACGGCGUAUCUGGAUGCAGAAGAUUUUGGAGAGCCUCACAAUAGCCUUUCCUCUUCGUCUCAUGACGGACUACACGGGAUCUGGCUGGUGCUACAUAAAGGAAGGUAUCAGUGGAGCAUGGACAUCUGGAUGGAUUUUGGUCCAGAAGCGAACACUCUUUUAUUGUUUGCAAGAUGGAACAUUGCAAGAGGCAGAUCUCAGAAAAGCGAGGUGCAUAGUGUUACAAGACUCCCAGCGUGAAGCAGCAGUACUGUGUGUGGCGGAGAAAGGUCCACUUAUCUUGGUAGACUUCCCAGGACAAGCUUUAUACUUGCAGAUGGAUGUAACGAAAGAGACCAUGGCAUGGCAAAAUGUUAUUCGUGCUGCCGCGAUUGACAACGGACUCCAUCUUGCCCAACAGCAGCUGACUCGUGAAGAAAUACCAGUCAUUAUAGACAAGUGCAUAAACUUUGUAUAUGCACAUGGUAGUAUGUCUGAAGGGAUUUAUCGUCGCAGUGGUGCCAAUUCGAAUGUCACCCGAUUAUUGACACUGUUCCGGCAGGACGCGUGGGCCAUCCAGCUCACACGACAAGAGUACAAUGAAUAUGAUGUUGCCAGUGUGCUGAAGCGGUUCUUGCGAGAUCUUCCAGAGCCUCUGCUUACCACAGAACUACACUCUCAGCUUUGCGAAAUUGCAGCUGGAAAGAGGGGCUCGGAUAAAACGGUACCGUAUCGUCGCGCAUUGGAACAGCUGCCACCUAUUAACUAUCUGACAACACGCAAACUUAUUAGCCACCUGCACUUCAUCCAUGAACAGCAUGAGAAAAAUCGUAUGCCAGUGGAGAACUUGGCAGCUAUUUGGGGUCCAACCCUCAUGCACAUCGAGGGUGACAACUUAAGUUGGGCCAAAUUGGAGUCGAGAGUGGUGUCAGAUUUGAUCCUGCUGUAUUCCAAAAUCUUCGAAGUCGACGCAGCUGAAUUAUCACGUGAGAAACGAAUGCAAGAGGUACUGGAGCGGUAUCACUCUGCAAACAGCACCACCCCUCAGAAUAAGCCAUCUGGUGAUCUGAAGAUUUGGGUACAUCUUGAACAUAAAGACAGUACCAACUGUGUUAACAUAACGGUAGGACCGCAGAAACUUGCUGGAGAAGUGUGUACGGAGUUGGCAAGUAAAGUUUCUCUCCCAGCGCAUGAACUCUGUCUUGAAGAAGUGGCAAAAUAUCCAUUGGCUUUAUGUGGGGAGCUUCGUUUUGCUGAUCGCAAAAACAGGUCUUUCAAGACGUACCUCUUUGAAUUUAGCCAAGCAAAGCUUUGCUAUUACAAAGACAAAAGAGGAUCGGUAAAGCUCGGUGAGUGGAAAAUUGAAGACAUCGUGUGGUACUUGGGAUAUGAGCACAAAAGAGAUCCACAAAUGAGAUGGGCCAUUACUUUUAUUGACAAACACAGCAAGCCGGAAAGGUCAAAAGAGAACCCGUAUUUUGGAUGCACAAUUGCUGGAACAUCAAAAGAAGAACAGGUUCGAUGGAUCGGAGCCAUGUUGGCUGCAGAACAUCCACAGAGUUUGCUACCAUCUCCUGUGCUUCUGCAGUAA